UUUGAUUGCUUUGCUUUAUUUUGUUCAUGCUUUGUUAAAUCAUUCAGACGUCUGUCUGAAUAAGCUUCUUUAUAAUUACACAUGACGCCUAGGCAGAUUGUUUUUGAAUUCGUUAAUUUCUCCGCGUUUGUAGCAUAUCUUAAAGAUAACUUUUUGACACCUUGAACUUAUCGCGGAUUUGUUGAUCACCAUUUUAUUUCAUAUGCUCAAUUGGCGAAGAGCUCAACAACCCUAAGCCCCGCCGCUUAUAUGUAUCUCCCGGCUCAAACGCAGCGUACUCCCUGUUUGCUUAAAGGUCAUCUUGCUCUUCUCUUUUCCUGUGUUUAUGACCCUUCAACUAUCUCCUACCAAAGCUGUCCCACUGGUCUGUCACUGGUUCUCUCUCUGGAAUGAAUUGGAGAGAGAGAUUUUCAUCGAAAGUCUAAUGACUAUAGAACAGACUAAUUGUUAUCUACCCGUAUCAUCUCAUUCCGCAUUUAUUAGUGAGAACGAAUCACGCGGCAGUUCUGCGCUUGACGUUUACUUGUCCGACCUAAUGCGAAACGAGCUUCAACUGCUUCCGGACAGUAGGUGCCCAAGUGUGUUCGAAUGUCAAUUGCGUCUGUUUCAAAGUUGGUAUCCCACAUGGUCUUUGGAACAACGUCACCAACUGGCGGAGUGUCUAAAGGAAUUACAACUCCAAUGUCUCUAUGAUGCACCAAAUCCCUGCAGCCUGUUUUCCGGUGAUUCACAUGGCAGUAAAUGGUCUUGACCUGAUUUUUUGGACUGCACUUGUGACUUGUGCCCGCUGUGGUCAUCCGUAUGUUAGAGAACUUUUUGAGAGGAGGUGAGGGUACUUAUUGUCCACUUUUUUCUUUUAAAUUGCCCGCCACUGCUGCGACCCUCUCAUUGUAAAAUAUUUCACUUUGUGUUAUAAACCUUGGGGUUCACCCGACCUUCUCCUUUUCUGGGCCGCAUUAUACCAUAGUUUACUUCACUUUCUUCCGCUCUUGAAUUUGUCACUUCCUGUUGUUUUUCUCCGUUAGUCAAUCUGCUUAACCAAGUUUCAGACAUGGGCAUAGCUUUGCGUUCCACAGACUAUUUAUGGUGACCCCAGCUUGCCAUAAUUGCCGUCCAAUAUUCUGGGUUCUGCGCAGUUGCUUUGAUAGACUAUAACCAGAUUUCCUACAUUUCAUCCUCGCGACCUCGUCCAUGUCACUUCUCAGACAUUCGUUUUAACCAAGGUCAUCGGAUACGUGUGCCAAUACUACCACCACUGAAACAAAGGUGAUGCAAA